UCCGUCCGUUGCCGUAGGCCGUUACCUUUCUGUUGCGUGAGAUUUGAGUGUGUCAUCGCUGUUCGUAUUUCAGUCAUUGUUCUGGUGUGUUGUCUAACAUGAGCCACAUUUUGGUGAAAUGGAUGGCGGAGGAAGCCUGGGACGUAUAUCCCAUCACAUGUGUCCUGGACAGUAAGAUCGCUGCAACUAUCGCCAAGAAGCCCGCGUCCGUUGGCGGGUACACCGGGAAAGUAUUCGACAUUUUGUGGGAUCCUUCGAAGGAGCCUUCGCCAGCCUAUUUAGUAGCAGCAGGUGAUCUGAACAAAAUGGAAAAAUUAAGAACGGAGUUAGCACAGCAGUCAUCAUCUGGGGAACGUGAGCACACUACAGCACCUGACAAGAGUUCUAACACGUCGCAGAGUGAGAAAUGCUGUACACACAGAGCUGAGGUAAAGCGACUUCGCAAUGAAAUGAGGGACUUGGAGGCUAGGCUUCACGAGGCUGAAAGCAAACACGAAGCAGCAAAAAUGGUGAAGCGUCUUGAAAAAAUCAUCAGCAAGGUCCAGAACAACAAUGUGACUUCCACAAGCCAUGACGAAACAAAGGUGGACAUUGCAAAUGGCGUCUUGGUGGAUAAAGUUGUCCUGGAUAGGCUCCACAACACAUUCCAGGGGAAUCGGUGCAAGUUUGCGCGAAACCUUACCCGGAUACUCUUCACAGCUGAGGACCUCCGUGGCCGUUCAUUGUAUGGGACACCGUCCAAUGUAAAGAAAGAUGCUCCAACGAAGCCAGGCCUUGACAAGACACGCCUGAAUGCGAUUCUUGAUUACACAUCAAGCAAGUUCGGCACUCCGCUCCCACCUAUUAAAAGAAGCCUCGCCUCCAUGUUGCUGAACCUAAAGGACGCUUGAGUGCACCUCUGUGUUAGCCAUGGCAUCACGCCGCAAGUAGUUUCUGAUUGUAAUUUUUUUUUUGUUAUUAUGCCAGAAGGUCCAAUGGCAGUCUACCAGAACUAGUCAACUUUUUCUGCCACCUAUUUUUCAGCCACCCGUUGUGUUGGAGAUCAGGGUACUCCUAGUCAGUUGUAUUUUUUCAUGACAUGUAGCAUUUGUACUCACAUUUACUGUUGCUUGAUCUGUGCCAGGCACACACGGUACCUGGGGGUAGGUUGUCAUUCACACAAGAAAAAUUUGACCGUUCCACAUGUUACAAAGGUUUUUAAGAGCUCAGCCGAUAGACUCAGCUAUUGGUGUAAUUUUUACUGAAAAGCACAGUGACUAAGCAGUGAGCACAUGCAGCUACAAACCAUAAAGCGAUUCAGAAAUCAAGUUCAGUGCAAGCUUGCGUGCAGAGUCCGCAAU